AUGGUGUCAAGUCUAAUGCUAUUUCUAAUGCUAAACUCAGUAGCCUUAGCAGAAGAAAAGCCUAAAGCCAAGUCUCUCAAACUCUUGACAGAUCGCACUUGGUUCAGCCAAGUUGUUAAUGUCCCUCGUCGAGUGACCGACGAUGCCUUGGCCUGUGUGGUUGUGAGCGAGCCUUUAUCUCCCGGUCUGGCCGUCGAGGGCUACGAAUUGGUCGAACGUUCUGGUCUUCUGGGUGUAUGUAAACAUCAGCAGACAAGAGAGACGGAGUGGACCGUACAGACAAGAGAAAGAAAGGAGAUCGUGCCUUGGACCACGACGUCAAGUGAACAACACACUAUACAACAAACGCAUUCAACCCAAGUGUGUCCGCUGCCUGGAUCAACUUUAGCGGCUCGACCUUCGGCAAUAUCUCCUCUACCUUUACCAAAAUCAGUAGAGACUGAUGCAGCGUUUAAGAUACAUAAUAAGAGUCCCGAAGGCCCUGUGCUCGAGUAUUACUACGAGACGGAAGAGGAGAGUCGAAUUUACGUCAAUGCUCAAUAUCGAUUAAAAAAACGCUUUGACGCUGGGUCUCAUGGAGAAGUGUGGAAAGCAACACGAAAACAAGCGGAAAAAGAAGAGCACUUUGUACUUAAGAGGCUCUUUCUCGAGCUAGGAGAGAGCAUGGCGCAGAUGGGACUACGGGAAGCACACUUUGGAGCAGUAUUACAAGGCGAACCUCACGUAACGCGAUUUGUCGAACAUUUUUUUCGACCGAACCAUGUGAUCAAGGGAAAAGAUAAUGUGUCGCAGCCUCAGUCAACACCUGAACUGUGGCUCGUAUUUUACGAUGAAGGAAAAUCCCUACGGCAAUAUCUGUACAAAAAAGUUGACGUGUUCUAUCAUGCCGAUGGAACUGGCCAUGGCGGUGCUGGCGUUGUGUUGCAGCCAUCACAGUUUUGGGAAAAGCUACGAACUGAUGCGCGGGGCGAAAGUGUCUUACGAGAAAUCAUGCGGCAAUUGCUACAAGGAGUGUCAAGUCUACAUGCACGAGGUAUAACUCACCGUGAUAUCAAGCCAUCAAACAUUUUGGUCUCGAUUCCACCUUCUUCAAAAACCUCUGCAGUCGUUCCAACGCCACUUGUGAAAUUAGCAGAUUUCGGUUCUGCUGUGGAUGAAUUUACGCUUAAGAAAUUGUAUGCAGCUCGUGCCGGAUCAUCGGCAAACACCGGACCGUCCCAAGCUGAAGAAACGCGCGAGUAUCAGCCUCCUGAAGUAUUAUUUAGUGAAAAUGGCCAGCCUUACGAUUAUAUAGUCCCCGAAGCGUACGAUUUAUGGUCGGUUGGUGUCGUCUUUUUAGAAAUGGUGCUAGGAUCGCCACAAGUUUUUUUGAUCUCACCUCGUGAAAGAGCCAAAGUGGAUGCAGUGCUUGAUACUCAGCAGCGACUUCAACGUGAAAAACAAAGCGAUGACAAGUCAGGAUUGCGAACUAAAGCUUAUUUACUACACGUUCUUACGAAAGAAUUUUGCAUCUUUCAGCCAGGAUCGCGACAACUACGGUCCUUGUAUGACAAGUAUGCACUUGUGACCGAGAGCUGCCAUUUUGGACGAUUUAAUCAAACUGUAGUGCAACGGGAUCCUUUAAAAAGGGGACUUGAGGAUAUUUGGGGUCUUGACUUGAUAUGGCGUUUACUUCAAUGGCAUCCGUCCGAGCGCAUUUCAGCUAAACAUGCUUUGCAACACGCAUUCUUUCGAGGACCAUACGUGUGCAAAGAAUCAGGUCGUAAAUUUGCAACGAAAGACGAUUUGUUACUACAUGAACAAUAUCUUGAAGCACAAAAAGCACGAGAAAAUAUCUUUGCAUCUGUGGUUCGAGCCAGGUACGAAACUCCAGACCAAUUUGUUUGUCCACACUGUGGUCGAGUGUUUUCUACCGCCCAAAGCUGUGAACAGCACGCUCACGCACGUCGACACAACAUGCAUUCAAAUUUUUGCAAUUUGAAGGCCCCACACCUUUCCGCUGCAAUUCGCAAUGAAUCAAAACCUUUACACAUUCAUAGCUCCGAUUCGCGAGUGGGUACUGCCAUGUUUCAAGGCCGUAGAAAAUACAUGGAAGACUUCGUUUUGGUACUUACUGAAGAGCAAUUAUUACAGAAUCAAGAAGAUUCUAAAGCACUUGGAUUUGACCUUUAUGCAGUUGUGGAUGGACAUUUGGGAUUAGCAGCAGCUACUUACGUCGUGAAGAACCUCCCUCUUAUACUGUGUCGGCAUUUCGCAGGUCUCUCAACACUGAAGAAUGAAAUAUCUUCAGGUCAUUCAAAGUUACCUGACACGACAGGUAAUGUCUCCGCGGAGCAUGAAUUGUCCGAAAAGUUUGCACUACGUCAAACUUUUCUAGAGUUGCAUGAAGGUUUUCUCUGGUCUCUCGAUGACAUGAAAAGUAAUAGCAAUAACUCAACCAACGACACAGCAGUUGGUGAGUAUUUCUCUGGGUGCACCCUGACCGUCGUGCUUUAUUUUCAUAAGGAAAAACGGAUUGUGAGCGCCAAUGUUGGCGACUCGCGUGCAGUAGCAUGGUUACCCGCUAGACCACACGAUCGGCAUAAUUUUGCUGCUAACGACAUUGUGCCUUUGAGUAUGGAUCACUGUCCAAACAACCAAGACGAGCGCUCUCGUAUCGAAUCCAGUGGCGGCUUUAGAGAGGCCUGA